AUGAGCAAGAGAUUUAAUUUCUAUUUCAGGAGCAGAUUCAGGCCUCUACGUUCUUCCAUUACUCCUGGAACAGUUUGCAUCCUUCUGGCAGGCAUCCACAAGGGCAAGAAAGUAGUUUUCCUGAAACAACUUGCUGGUGGCCUGUGUCUAGUUACUGGUCCCUUCAAGAUCAACGCUUGUCCCUUGAGACGUGUUAAUCAAAUUUAUCUAAUUGCCACUGCUACAAAGAUUGAUAUUAGCGGAUUUGGCAUCCCCAAGCACCUUACCGAUCAGUACUUCCGCCGGGUUAAGGCAAAGCGUGCAAAGAAGGAAGAAGGAGACAUCUUUGAGCAGAAGCAGGAGAAAUAUGUUCCAUCCCAGCAGCGCAAGAGGGAUCAGGCUGUUGUUGAUGGUAUGAUUAUGUCUGUCAUCAAGAAGAGGGAGGAUAAGAAAAUGCUCUUUGGUUAUCUGGGCACUCCAUUUGGCCUCAGGAAUAAAAUGUACCCUCAUAGACUGACAUUCUAAAUAAAUGAGAUGACUGUG